AUGAGUGAUAAAUUAGGAUUUGACGAACUGCGAAAUAAAUAUAAGGAUGUGCUGUCCAAAGCCUUCACAACUAACAAUAUCGACUUGCUGGAUUCAUUUACAAAGAAUACAAAUGAGACCGACAGAAAAGCAGCGAUGGAUCAUGCGUUCCGAGAUAAACUGCUGGAACUCCUAAUUGAGGAGCCAGAUACGCUUGAAAACUUCGUUUCUUUCUGCAUAGAGUCAUGUAGAAGACAGAUGGUAACACCUACGAUGCCAGUGGUGCUUCUUGGAGACAUUUUUGACGCGCUAACAUUGAAUAAGUGCGAAAAACUGUUCUCCUACGUUGAAAACGGCGUAAACAUAUGGAAAGAAGAAUUAUUUUUCGUAGCUUGUAAGAAUAAUUUGCUAAGGAUGUGUAAUGAUCUCCUAAGAAGACUAUCAAGGUCACAAAACACAGUUUUCUGUGGUCGGAUCCUUUUGUUUCUUGCGAAGUUCUUUCCUUUUUCUGAAAGAUCAGGAUUGAACAUAGUCUCUGAAUUUAAUUUAGAGAAUGUCACAGAGUUUGGAGGAGACAGUUCCAGUACAUUAAAGGAUUCCUUAGAUGAAGAAAUGGUGGUUGACAAUAAUGAAAAGAAUAAAAUAAAUAUAGAUUAUAACUUGUACUGUAGAUUUUGGAGUUUACAAGAUUUCUUUAGGAACCCGAAUAACUGUUAUAAUAAGUUGCAGUGGAAGACAUUUGUUGCUCAUUCAGGCAGUGUGCUAUCAGCGUUUUCUUCAUAUAAACUCGAAACAGUAGAACUACAGAAAUCAAAGCUGAACCUACUAAAGCCAGUAAAAACCAUGGCAACCGACAUUGAGAUGAAGGACUCUGAAACCAAUGAACCUCAUUACUUCGCCAAGUUUUUGACCAAUCAGAAGCUCUUGGAGUUACAGCUAUCCGAUUCUAAUUUCCGAAGAUGUGUCCUCGUUCAGUUCCUAAUCCUGUUCCAGUAUCUCACGUCUACUGUGAAGUUUAAAAUGGAAGUACAAGAACUGAAGUCUGAUCAAGUGGACUGGGUCAAAGAGACUACUUCACUCGUGUACAAGUUACUGGGCGAGACUCCUCCCAAUGGGAAGCAGUUUGCUGAGUGCGUCAAGCAUAUAUUGAAGAGGGAGGAACAUUGGAACAGUUGGAAAAAUGAUGGGUGUCCUGAAUUCCAGAAACCAAAGCCCCCUGUAUCAGUGGAAUCGACGGAUGAUGUGAAGAAGUCGAGAAAACGUCGCCGUCCUGUCGGUGACAUCAUCAAGGAGUAUGAAGCUCAAAGUAAAUCUUAUAUGGGAAAUAAUGAAUUGACAAAGUUAUGGAACUUGUGUCCUGACAAUCUUGCCGCCUGCCGCACCAAAGAGAGAGACUUCAUGCCGUCGUUAGAGUCGUACAUGGUGUCCCCGGGGUCGGCGAGCCUGGCGCGGUCGUGCGAGGGGGGGUGGGGGUGGCGCGCGCUGCGCCUGCUGGCGCGACGCUCGCCGCAUUUCUUCGUGCAUACUAACAAUCCUAUUGGACGACUGCCCGACUACUUAACUGCUAUGGUUGAGCGAGUGACCCGGGAAGUAGCGGCCAACGCAGCUGCUAAUGCGAAUGGAGAGUCCUCUAAGAACCAUAAUGAUAAACCUGUUAAAACGGAGAACAACGAAGAGGAGAUUACCGAGGAACAAAUGGAAGCAGAUCUCAUAAAGGAAGGGGACGCCAAUGAUAUCGAACAGGUACCAGACUCAACGCACGCCGGCGAAGAAGACUACGACAAGACAGCCCGUUCUAGAGUGACAAUGAUAUCACCAGCUCAACUCGAGGCCCUAUCCUCUAAACUCACAGACUGGAAGAAAUUAGCCGCCAAACUGGGCUACAAAGCUGAUGAAAUCCAGUUCUUUGAGACAGAAAACGCAACAGAUUCCGCAAGAGCGAAGAACAUGCUCCAAUUAUGGUUCGAUGAUGAUGAGGACGCGUCCGUUGAGAACCUUCUGUACAUUAUGGAAGGUUUGAAAAUGGCAGAUGCAUGUGAAGCACUGAAAAACGUUAAAUGA